AUGGAAGCCGCAGCUAACGAUGGUGCCUACGUCUUGCGCGACUUGAUGCGCAAUGCUCCGCUGUCGCCUGACGGAGAAGAAGAGCACAAUGUCUACAUAACCUGCGUUGAUGCCUGGGAUGGAAACUUGUACAUUGGCACGUCUGCAGGAGAAAUCCUCCACUUUGUCUCGAUCCCCUCCGACGACUCGGACCAACCCACAUACAUCCUCGCUUCUCGCCUACAACCCGAACAUUCCAACAAACAACAUGAUACCCCUCCAGUCGUUGAGCAGAUCCUGUUGCUCCCCUCGGUCGGCAAAGCAUGUGUCUUGUGUCAUGGCACAUUGACCUUCUACACCCUACCCGAGCUCAGUCCAGCCUUUGGAGGUAAGAUCAAACAGAGCGAUUGCACCUGGGUUGGUGGUCUGGAUCGCGAUUUGGAUGGUCAAGAUCUGGACCCUGCCGAUGGCUGUAUCAUUGUCAUCUGUCUGAGGCAGAAACUGCGUGUUAUUCGUAUCAUGGAACAAGGCUCUCCUCGCAAGAUCAGAGAUAUUGAGCUGGGCAACUGUCUCGACAUACAGCGUAGAGCUGAUCUUGCUUGUGUCGCCGAUGGCUCAUCUUACGCCUUGCUGGACAUUGUGAAUCAACGCAAAAUCGAUCUCUUCCCCAUCUCGUCUCUUCCUAACCCAUCCUCUGGUCGCCAGAGCCCAGAUGUUGAUCCGCCUCAGAUACAACGCCCACCAUCAAGGAGCUUCUCAGCAACCAGUCCCGUCCGCAGGCCUGAUCUUCGCUCGCAAGACAGGGUAGCCAGUGUAGGAGGCGCCCCUCAGACUCCCGGACGACAAACUCCAGAUCGCCUCCAUCCCAAUGAUUCUCCUUCACCGUGGCCACAUCGCGCCGCCUCACGUCAAGCCUUGUCUCCAAGUCCCACAAGACCACUUGCCAGCCCGUCAUUAGACACCGAUGGGAAGGUCCUGCCUCCCACUCCUUUGGUAGAACACCCCCACNCUCCGCUCCCGAGAGCACACACUUCAUUAAAACCUCAUAUUUCCACGCCCACACCGAACGAAUUCCUGUUGACGACUGGUACCUCUGCCGAAGACCCGGCAGUGGGCAUGUUCGUCAAUCUCGACGGUGAUGUUGUCAGAGGCACCAUCGAGUUUGAGAGUUAUCCCGACUCAAUCAUUGUCGACGGCCAAGCUUCAGACUCUUCCAUGCAACAAAUGCCUGGAAACCUAUCUCAGGAUGGCUAUGUUCUAGCUGUCGUACGCCGUGAAAAGAAUGGCGCUGUCGAGAAGCUCGUCGAAUAUCAACGUUGGGAUGUUGAUCCUACCGAUAACCAGUAUCAUAAAGACUUUCUCAGCCUGCCAGAUCCUGCCAUGUCGAAAGCUCAGAUGGCAUUCCGAGAAGCUACUUCGGCGACCAGUUUGAGUCUACCUUCUGUGGGCAAAGCGCUCAGUCUGCGCCGCUUGUAUCUCCACGAACCUACGGCGGAGGAGACCGCUCAAGGUGUCAAGCGAAACGAUGACGAGGACAAGUUGAUCGAAAGGUUCUCCAGCGUGCAGACCAGAAUAUUGCUGUUCGCAAGUGACUCGAUAUGGUGGCUUGUUCGAAAUCCCCUGGUUGUACAGCUCGAGAUACAACUGAGUGCUGCUGUCACUAUGUCGGCGGAAUCUUUCACUGUACAGCGUACACAGGUACAAGCAGUCAUCAACAGCAUUCGCGGCAAGGAAGCCACUAAUGAAUUCGAGUUCUUCGGCUUCAACUAUGUUCGUCAACAAGCCUCGCUACUGCUUUUGAUUGACCUCAUCCUUAAGACCAACCAAAACAUUGUUGCUUCCGAGGCUGACAAGCGUGCGACUCAUGAUGCUUUGGUGGAAGGAGAGAUAGAUCCACGUAUCAUUCUGUCAAUCAUUCCCGUUUUGUCAGAUGAGGUUGUCGAAGGUCCCCAAGGCCUCUGGAUACCCGGUGGUCUCAAAAACGCCAUUGAUCAAUUCAAAGCGCAAUACCAUGCAGACUCUAUUAACCAAGAUCCACAAGGACCAUAUGGAGAUAAUCUGUUGCAAGUCUUGAAACAUUAUCUUCAAUCGUGGAGAAGGAAANAAGGCUUUGGCAGUAUUGCAGAUGAGAAGCAGGUCUUUCAUACUGUGGAUGCUGCCUUGUUGUCACUACUCUUGAUGCUUGACAGCAACACGUUUCCAGGACCAGCAUCACCUGGAUCUCUUCGUGCUGAACUUAACGAUGUGGUCGACCAAGGUGUGGAAUGCUUCGACCGUGCUGUUGAGCUUCUCGAACAACACAAGCGACUCUACGUCCUUUCCCGACUGUAUCAAAGCCGAAGAAUGGUGGGUCAAGUCUUGUCAAUCUGGCGCCGCAUUCUCGAGUCCUCUGAAGACGUGNGGGGCGAAUUGAUUGAUGGCGAAAUCGAUGUGCGCAAGUACGUCACCAGAAUCAAGGAUGUCGAACUUGUCAAGGAUUACGGAACCUGGCUCGCCAAUCGCAAUCCCCCACUAGGUGUUCAAAUUUUCGCAGACGAGAACGCAAGAGUGAAGUUCACACCUACCGAGGCAGUUGACCUACUGAAGGAGCGUGCGCCAGCCGCUGUCAAGGACUACUUGGAGCACCUCGUGUUCGGCAAGAAUCAGAAUCAAUAUGCCAACGACCUUAUCUACUUUUACCUCGACACCGUCACCGAGGCCAUCGAUGACUCGUCGACGUCUGCAAGAGAUAUACUUCUGACGAGUUAUCACACCUAUCGGGCUCUGUUCCCACCAAAACCAACGUACAGCCAGUUCAUUCUUGACAAUAGUCUUCCGAGCACAUGGUGGCAAAACAGACUCCGCCUUCUACAGCUCAUCGGUGGUUCGUCCGUAUAUGAUGUAGAAGCUCUGGGCAGUAGGCUGGAUUCCUACUCAGAAAUCCUCGUACCUGAGACCAUCGUUCUCGCCGCACGACGCAAUGAGCAUCAGAAGGCUCUCAAACUGCUCGUUCACGGCUUGGCAGACUUCGACACAGCCGUACGGUAUUGCCUGCUUGGUGGUAGCAGUAUUUUCCACCCCGCUUCAUCCUCAUCUACUCUGCCUCUACCUUCGAAAGAAGAACAACAAGUUCUAUUCUCACAUCUUCUACAUUGUUAUCUCGAUCUCGAGGACCAGAGUCAAAAACUUGAGAGGGUCGCAGAACUCCUCGAAAAGUUCGGGAGCUGGUUCGACAUUGCCGAAGUAUUGCCUUUGCUUUCCCCAUCAUGGCCACUUGAGCAUUUUGGCGCGUUCUUCGCCAGUGCAAUGGGAAGACUUGUAUCUGAGAGGAACGAGACUGUCAUUGUCAGGGCACUAGCGGGCGCGCAGAACCUCAGAAUUGCUGUCGACGUUGUGCAGAAGAUUGAGAAAGAAGGCGCCACUUGGGAGAGCGUCAAGAAGGAUAGUGGUGUUGCGUAG